AUGUGUAUCAGUUGGAUCUGGCAAAACAAUGAUAGCGUUCGUCUAGCCAACCAUCUGCUGUUAUAUAACAGUCUAACAACGAAUAGAACCGCGGUGAUCGAUGCUGCUCAAACUCAACUUUCAGAGGACAAGUUCCCGGUUGUCUUUUUUUAUUGCGAUUAUGGAUACAGUGGCGAACUGGAUGCUUCAUACAUCGUUUCGAGCUUUAUCAAACAGAUAUGUGAAUUCCUAUAUCAACAGUUUGGAUAUUAUCCAGAAAAUGUUGCUUCCGACUUACGAAAGUUCUUUGGGCCUAAAAGGAUUCAGCCAGACUUCGACGAUCUCCAGGUUGUCUUUUCACGGCUGUGUCGCUCUGUACCUGAUACGAUAUACAUUAUUGAUGGAGUUGAUGCCCUACAAGAAGCUCAUGCCAUUCGUUUCUUGAAGUUUAUACAACGCUUGUUCUGUUCCUCAGAUGCGUCUCAAGGGCCACGAAUUUUGUUAUUGAGCAGAGAUCAAGUUCCUGGAUAUAUUAAUAUUGGUACUUUCAUCCAUGGGAUAUAUCAAAUAUCAAUAUCGACAAACGCUGAGCAAGACAUAAAACACUAUAUCGAGACAAGCAUUGAUGAGAAAAUGAAGUACAGAACGCUCACUAAUGAUGUCUCAUUGUUGAACGAAAUCAAAAAUACGCUGCUUACUGAGUCAUCUCAAAUGUUUCUAUGGGCAUACCUCCAAUUAGAGAUCUUGUGGGAUACGUGCCGCACAGAUGCAGACAUACGUUGCGCCUUGACCAAACUACCUAGAACUAUAGAACAAAUUUAUGAACACUGCGUUGGCAGGAUAAACUUCCAGGAUGGCUGGGCUCUCAAAGUACUUAAGUGGGUUAGCUUUGCUAAAAGACCACUUCAUAUUGAAGAACUAAGAGAAGCCGUCGCCUUUCAAUCCACAGAUACGAAGUGGAACGCCAAUAAAAAGCCACAAAGGGACUUUAUCAUUGGCUGUUGUGCAAAUCUUGUCGUCUUGGACCCUGUUGACAACUGUGUUCGCUUUGCACAUUCGUCAGUGAAACAAUAUCUGGAGGAAGACAGAAAAAGAGUGCGUGAGGAAAUGCUUGUUUCAGGAUAUCCAGCAGAAGGAAAUGGAGAUUUAGAAUGCGGGGAGUAUUGUGUCACUUACUUAUCUUUCUCGGACUUUAGCCUUCAACUGACCAGCCCUUCGACCCAAAACAUAGCAACAUCCAUUCCAUCUCCCUACUCAAUCGCACUAUCAGUACCCGGCACUGGAUUCUUCAAAGCUCUCUUCCGGAAGUCUCAAAAUCAGACCAAUACAAUUUCUCUACCAUUACGAACGAUACCUAUACCAACAGCUCCAAGCCGAGCGCAGUACAAAUUUCUUGAUUACGCAAUUGCAAAUUGGGCAGUUCAUACGCGACAUAUAUAUUGCGAAUCAUUAGCGUGGGAAAAUUUCGUGCAGCUUGCAAUGCAUGUCAACGAAACUUGGAACUUUCAUCCAUGGGUAUCAGGUGGUCGUUCGAAAGACUCUUAUCUGCACGGCCUCUUUGGAUGGGCAGUCAAAGAGCGGCAUAAGCCCUUAUUGUCGCUUGUAUUGGGUAUGAAGUCAUCGUUACACUUAGUUUGCAAUCUUCCGAUGGUCGGCGAAGGCCUUCCCGCCAUUCACAUUGCAUCAAAGCUUGGAUACGAAGACAUUAUUCAGAUUCUCUUAGAGUUCUGCGAUGUAAACAACGUUGACCAAGACGGAUGCACACCUCUACACCACGCGGCUAGUAAUGGUCACACUGAUGUGGCACGCCUAUUUCUGCAUCAAAAAGGUAUAAAAUUUGAUGUUCAUUCAACAACUCACUGUACACCUCUCUGGUUGGCGGCCAGCCACGGAUAUCAUGAUAUCGUAUCACUGCUUAUCCAUAAGGGAGCCCGAAUUGAGAUUCAAGAUGAGAUUGUUGUCGUACGCCUUUAUGGUGUGCGGUAG